ACGAAAGUGAAACGUUAGAAAGUGGCCACGUAAGGCAAUCCGAAACCAUAGCCACUGCUUCUAAAACCAAACGCUCCAUUUCACACUCUUCCCAAACUGGUUCCCAUUUGCUACUCUCUCUUUUUCAGCUUUCAUUCACAUUCCCUUCCAAGAUGGCGGCAUCAUCAGCAUGUCUUAUUGGAAAUGGUUUAUCUACACGGAGUAAUAGAACAACUCUGAGCAAGAACUUGAAUAGAAGCUACCUCUUCUCAUCUUGGAGAAUUUCAUCGCUGAAUAAGGCACCAAAUUCUAAACCUGCAACAAUAAAGGCAUCAUCAUCAUCAUCCUUGGACCAAAGGAACCAUGAAGGGCGAAGGGGGUUUCUAAAAUUCUUGGCUGGAAAUGUUGGGGCUGGCUUACCUGCAUUGUUGGGUAGCGGCAAGGCUUACGCCGAUGAACAACAAGGGGUUUCCUCCUCCUCAAGAAUGUCAUACUCGAGGUUCCUCGAGUAUUUGGACAAGGAUAGAGUCAGCAGAGUGGAUCUCUAUGAGAAUGGAACCAUAGCUAUAGUUGAGGCUGUUUCUCCUGAAUUGGGGAAUAGGGUUCAGCGUGUGAGAGUUCAACUUCCAGGACUUAACCAAGAGCUCCUUCAGAAAUUCAGGGAGAAGAACAUUGACUUUGCUGCUCACAAUGCACAAGAAGAUUCUGGUUCUCUUUUGUUUAACCUGAUUGGGAAUUUGGCCUUCCCUCUGAUCUUGAUUGGUGGAUUAUUCCUUCUCUCGAGACGAUCUGGAGGGAUGGGAGGUCCUGGUGGGCCUGGCUUUCCUCUUGCUUUUGGUCAAUCCAAGGCCAAGUUUCAAAUGGAACCUAAUACCGGGGUGACGUUUGAUGAUGUUGCUGGGGUGGAUGAAGCUAAGCAGGAUUUUAUGGAGGUAGUGGAGUUUCUGAAGAAGCCUGAAAGGUUCACUGCUGUUGGAGCUCGCAUACCAAAGGGUGUUCUUCUUGUUGGACCUCCUGGAACUGGGAAGACCCUUUUGGCCAAGGCGAUCGCUGGCGAAGCUGGUGUUCCGUUCUUCUCAAUCUCAGGUUCUGAGUUUGUUGAGAUGUUUGUUGGUAUCGGUGCUUCAAGAGUCCGUGAUUUAUUCAAGAAGGCUAAAGAGAAUGCCCCUUGCAUUGUGUUCGUUGAUGAAAUUGAUGCUGUUGGGAGACAAAGAGGGACUGGAAUUGGUGGAGGGAAUGAUGAAAGAGAACAGACACUCAAUCAGCUUUUGACAGAAAUGGAUGGGUUCGAGGGUAAUACAGGCAUCAUCGUAAUUGCAGCUACUAACAGGGCUGACAUUCUUGACUCUGCUUUGUUAAGGCCGGGCCGAUUUGAUAGACAGGUAACAGUCGAUGUUCCAGAUGUAAAGGGAAGGACUGAAAUCCUAAAGGUUCAUGGUAGCAAUAAAAAGUUUGAUUCUGAUGUUUCACUUGAAGUAAUUGCAAUGAGAACACCCGGUUUUAGUGGAGCUGAUCUUGCAAAUCUAUUGAAUGAAGCUGCUAUAUUGGCUGGUCGUCGGGGAAAGACAGCAAUCUCAUCUAAAGAGAUUGAUGAUUCUAUUGAUAGGAUUGUGGCUGGAAUGGAAGGAACGGUGAUGACUGAUGGGAAGAGCAAAAGUUUAGUGGCAUAUCAUGAAGUCGGGCAUGCCAUUUGUGGAACUUUGACCCCUGGUCAUGAUGCUGUGCAAAAAGUAACACUAGUUCCCCGUGGUCAAGCUCGAGGCCUUACAUGGUUCAUUCCUUCCGACGACCCAACCUUGAUCUCCAAACAACAACUCUUUGCAAGAAUUGUUGGAGGAUUAGGCGGUAGGGCUGCCGAGGAAGUUAUUUUUGGCGAGCCUGAGGUUACAACUGGAGCAGCUGGAGAUUUGCAGCAAAUCACUGGUUUGGCAAAACAGAUGGUAACCACAUUUGGAAUGUCUGAUAUCGGUCCUUGGUCGCUAAUGGAUGCGUCGGCACAAAGUGGGGAUGUUAUCAUGAGAAUGAUGGCAAGGAACUCGAUGUCAGAGAAGCUGGCAGAAGACAUUGAUGCUGCUGUCAAGAGGCUAUCAGAUGAAGCAUACGAGAUUGCACUGCGCCAUAUAAGGAACAACCGCGAGGCCAUUGAUAAGAUUGUGGAAGUCCUGUUGGAGAAAGAGACUAUAUCCGGAGAUGAAUUCCGUGCUCUCCUCUCUGAGUUUGUGGAAAUUCCGGCCGAAAAUCGGGUCCCUCCUUCAACUCCAGUACCUGCCACUGUUUGAAUAGGCCAUAUUAUGUAAAACUAAUAUAAUGGGUGAAAUAUGUAUAUCUUAGAAAUCUCAUAGAUUACUUCGUUUUUGUAGUGUUGACAACACAGAAAC